CUUAAAACCAAAAAGAAAAAGAAAAGAGAUUCCGGCCUUCGGAGGACGACACAAUCACCUCUUUCACAUCCUGCAAUUAGCAGCAGAAGAAGCGCCUUCGAUUUUCAUGCAAGAGUUAGCUAAUCAAGAAUCGUGUUGCUGAAUCACAGGUACGCCGAACGUCAUCCCCAGAGCACGAUCGCGUAAUGUCGGCUUUCGAGAAUGUGGUUGGUGGGAAGCUGAAGCUGAAGGGUAAAGCUUUGGAUGUCAAGGCUGGUGGAACUAAGAAGAAGAAGAAGCAUAAGAAAGUGCGGGACGAGGUUUCUCAAGUCAUUGAGAGCGAGCUCACUACAGGUAAAGCUGUUGAAGAAUCUAGCGACGUCAAUGAAGAAGUCGCAGAAGACGCCAGCAAAAUGAACAACGAAGACAAGUCAGAGUCUUACAAGGACCACCUAACUGCUGCAGAGAAACGAUAUAUAGAGCAGAGGGAGAGGCUCGACAGGCACAAGAUGGCGAAAGAAGCCAACAAAUCGCAUAGAGACAGGAUCCAAGGUUUCAACCAGUAUUUGGCUAAUAUGAGCGAGCACUACGACAUUCCUAAAGUAGGGCCUGGUUGAAAGGAACCGUACUUGUUCUGCAUCGAUCAAUGUCCACCGGUUUUUCGGGGCCAAUCUCCUGGUGCCAAUGUAAUCUGGUGGUUGUAUUCAACAACUGGUGUUCUGUUUCUUAUACUCUUCAGAUGCUGUAGAAAUGUAUCUUUACUGUGAUUUCUUUCGGCUAAACGGAAGGAUUCAUCAUACUGGCACACUCUUUCAUCUUCGAACCCACUUAUCUGGAAAUUAUUCGUGUCCUUUCUCUUAA